UUUCUGAUCUCCAGUGCAAGCAAGGAUGAAGCUCAUUUCUGUGUUUGACUGCAUUUCCUUGACCGUGUAUUCCUUCACCUUCCUGCUUGGGCUCCCUGCCAACCUUCUGGUCUUCUUUGUCUAUAUGCGUAAAGCUCAAAAACACGGUGCUACUCCUAAUGUAGUUUAUACUAUCAACUUGUGCUUAUCCAAUCUGGUCCUGGUUGCCUGGAUGCCUGUAAAAUCUGCCUACACUGUUCUUGAAAUAUGGAUCCUACCAGAGUUGCUGUGUCCGAUUUACAACUUCUUUGUUGUGGCCUCUCUUUAUGGCAGUGGGCUCCUGCUGACAGCUGUGGCUGUUGGACGUUAUCUGAGUAUUGCCUUUCCGAUCAGCUAUAAACUUUAUCGCCGUGCUCGAACAUCCUGCGUGAUCAGUGCUCUGCUGUGGGGUAUAGUGCUUUUGCAUCUCAGCUUAGCUUUGGUAGCAGAGAAAGGGGCCUACUUUGUGUCUCCAUUCAUGCCCAACUCAUCAAAGUGCUAUGAGAACUUUACGCGCGAGCAGCUGGAUGUGCUGCUGCCGCUGCGCCUAGAGAUGGCAGUACUGCUGUUUGCCGUGCCACUCCUGCUCUCUGUCUUCUGCACACUGCGCUGUCUAGCAUUGGUGAAACGGUCUUGCCUUUCCGCUGGCAGCAAGCGGCGCAUCCUGGCCAUGGAACUCUCGGCGCUUGUGGUUUUUGUGGUAUGCUACACACCAUACAACGUAUCUCACGUGGUGGGUUUCAUCGAGGACGACAACGUGGACUGGAGGCGUGAGGCCAUCGUCUCCAGCUGCUGCAAUGUCUUCCUUGAGCCUGUGGUGAUGCUGAUCCUGUCGCCCUCAAGGCCGAAGGACCUGCUAUGCAGACUGUGCUUGAAGCGGACACCCAAACAACAUCACAAAGGCAUUGUGCAGGUGAAGGACCCUCUGGCAACCAUGCAAAGAGGGACGACGUCAAUCAAAUGACAGUUAGGCUCUGAAUCUGUGAAAGAGACUUAAUAAUAACCGAACACUUGUGUAAGAAUUCAUAAGAUGUAUUACACGAGUUAGUCCUCCUAACUGCAACAAAGUGAUGAGAUGGAUAGAAGAUGUACUGGACACACAUGCACCAAAACAUAUAUGCCUAUGGAUGUCUUUGACGUGAAGAAGCAGUGGAAAAUUUAAGUUACAUGCUUGUACACGUUCGAAUCUAUAUAUGUGACGACUUUAAACACUAAAUUUAUUAUAGAGGCACAAAACAUUGUUAGGUUAUUUAUGAAAGGUGCUCUUAAUAUCAGCAAAAAUUCAAUUAGGCCUAUUUGAU